CUCAGUGAAAUUACACCCAAAAAACCAAUAAGCCAACAAAUAACAAAUGAACGAGCGGGUUCCCGCACAGCGCACUGACUGACCGACGGCGCGGGUCGCGCGCGCGCACGGGGCGGACGGCGCGCGGACAGGCUGGGCGAGCAGGUGUCCUGUGCGCUCUGGAUGCAUCUGCGCCCGACGAUGAAUUCGUCCGCAAGGUCACGAGCGCCUCCGAUGCCGGUUCCUGCAAGUAGAGCGCUCGGCCAGGGAACCCAGCGCAGAGAGAAGUGUUGACUUCUGGGAGCUGUAGUUCUACUCGGAUUACUAUUUCUUUAGAGUAACCAGGAAGAGGGAAAUGAAAAUGGGCACUGUUCCGAAUCCCAACAGGAACACUGCAGUUCAGAUGGUCCUUCAGCCUGCUGUUUCGAAUUCGCCGGGAAACAAGGAGUCAAACGCCAACCUGGAAAGUGAGCCAAACCUGAACCUGGCUACAGACUCUGCAGAAGCUGCAGAGCCCAAGCUGGUCAGUGCGUGCUCCAAAACAGCCAAUGCCGGCACAACUGACAAGCCCCCGGAUAACAGCAAGGCAAGCAGGGGCUGUGCCUCAUACACAAGCGCUCCCGCAAAGGAUGAUGGGAAAAAAUGCGAGCGCCAAACUGUGCAGGACCCAGGGCUGAAGACAGACCCGAAGAGGAUGUGUUCAAAUGACGUGAAGGAGACCCACAGAAACAGCGAGGCUAAUCUGAGUGUGGUAACGGCAGGCCUGUCUUCUCCUCUCCUAGCAUCAAAGGUCGAUUUACCGUCAAACGACAGGGGGGCAAAAGUACAGGUUUCAGAGAAGGCAUUUGUUGAAUCAAAAGCACAGGACUUCAGAACGGACACAUCUAAGGGUUCACCAGAAUGCAAUAGUAAAAUGGUUCUGACUCCUGAGUCAAGGCACAGCCUGAGUGCUCGGUCGAGCGCUUCUGAAGUGUCGACAUGCGGUCGAGAUAACGUUGGCAGCGCUGCGAUGGCCACAGGCUCAGGCACAUCGCUAUCCUCGCGUUCCAAGGGUUGCGAUAAAGUGGCCAGCAUUUCCACAAUGUUGGCUGUAGCCCCUACACGAUCAGAGAACCCCCUCCAGACACCCAAAGUGGAGACUUCUGCAGCUCUUUCUGAGAAACACCCACAGCCAGAGUGUCAAAAAAUGGACAAGUCUCCCGGCUCACUAAGCAGAUGCACAUUGCUGGGUGACUCACAGCAAGAAGCAACGGUAAAAGGGCCAGAGAGCACCAUAUGUCUCAAGAAGGAUUUAAAAAGUCCGGAUUGUUCCAAGACCUCCUUCCGUCAAGAUGACGGGAGAGUAGCGGCACAGAGCAAACUGAACACUGCCAGGCACCAAAAGAGCGAAACACCUCCCGUGCAGGUGGCAGACAAAGCUCAGGGCACUGUGGUGCUGCUGCCGGAGGGCACGCAGACCAACCAGGAGCAACCAAGGCAGUAUAAGGAAGCUGGCACCAUGACUAAGUCCAUGGAGUCUUGCCUGCCAUCUCUAAAGAAGUGCCAGGAUGCAGAGGUGCAGGCAGUCGCUGAUGUCUGUAGUAGGUCUGUGGCCACAAGUCCACACCUCUUCCCAGUCUCCAGACCGCACGUAUCCCAUGGUGCCCUGCCAGAGGAGAGGGGAAAUCUUGCGAUUGUCGGCCCAACAAACGCCGGAUCGCCACACAUUUAUCAGACGUCAAAGGGAAGUGCUGUCUUCUGUGAUGCAAGCAGCCAGACCCUCGUAUCCUCGCAGGCACAUUCGAGCUUGCCGCCGUGUGCUGGCCAUCAUGCCGCGGACCACCUAGCGGAGAAAGUCCGAGUGGAAGCUGGAUUGUGUGGCGACCAGAACACCAGCGUGCUCCAUCAUCCGGGGAUGGCCCUGCACGACAAGGGACUGGGAGCCAAACCGAAGGAACCAGGGCUACCGCUAUGCAACGUGCUCCAGCCUUUACAGCCCGUUUAUCAAAUUAACAUAGAGCCCUGCACUCACCCCGACGCAAAAUCCAGCGUCCACACUCAAGACAAACAGUCCGUAACGGCCCCACGACCUUCAAUAAGAUCAGAGCCUCCCAGCAAAGAACGCUCUCUGGAAGGUUCCGACAGAAGCCUCUCCACAAAAUCGACAACAUCGAAGCAGCUCUGCCAAGUUGUUAGCGACUCCGCUGCCUCAUCGGCACAGGCAGCCAAGGGUCCUGCUGCUAAAUCUUCCUCCUCACAGUCUGAAUGCCCCCCACAACCUGCUCCCCCUUGUGUGAAUGCAACAGAGUCAAAAACCGCUGAUCCGUCACAGCUAACCACCCAUCUUAAGGGCAGCCAGGUAACAGCGGUAAAAGAUGAAGGCGUUAAACAGGUGGCCACCCAACAAGGAGACAACAGGACUGACUGUGAGGCAAGCACAGGCCAGGGGCUAGUAGGGCCAGGCAAGUCCACAGGGCAAGCAGUUCAAGGUAAAUCAGACAAGGGGGUAAAGAAGGAGCAGUCGGGUGGCCAUGAGAAGGCCAGCAAGCCCACCAAGUCAAAGAGAGUACAGGAUGUGGUGUGGGACGAGCAGGGCAUGACGUGGGAGGUGUACGGCGCCUGCAUGGACCCCGAGUCUCUGGGCUUUGCCAUCCAGAGCCACCUGCAGAGCAAGAUCAGGGAGCAUGAGCGGCAGGUGACGACCCAGGUGACGCGUGGGAAGUCCAUCUCCUCAGAGGCAUCCCCACGAAGGAAGACCAAGCAGCGACAGCGGAAUGUCCUCAGGUCCAUGCUGCAAAGCGUCCGGCGGCCCAACUGCUGCGUGCGGCCGCGCCCUUCCUCAGUGCUGGAGUGAAUCCCCAGUCCUCGGUCAACCAAGCUAUGGUUCGGACCUGUCCAGGAUCCCGUUGUCAUGAUUCCGCCCCUCCAGGACAUCGUGGACAAGAGGCUUCUCUCCACAGUCGGUUACAACUUGUAGGGGUGAGAACGUCCCACAGGCAGAGCGAACAGCCCGAGAAAGACGGGAGAGCAAAGAAAGGCUAUCCGCAGCUGCAGCCCUUUUUUAUACCUAGUUUAGAUUAUUUAAAAAUUUUAACAGUAUUUAAAAAGGCAAUAAUAUGUAGCAAACUGCAUGUGCAUUAGUUCUGACUGUAGUAUUCCUUCUCACAAAAGAGCCCAGACUUAUAUCUUGCACUGACCUGAUAUCAUGCAUAGCUGUGUGUACCCUUCAGACUGUAAAUUUUCCAGAACUUUGUGCAACUCAAUAUUCCGUUGACAUUAAUAGUGUAUCGUGCGCAUUUGUUAACUGUUUCCAGGUUUUUGUAGAGCGUCCUUUAAUUUUUGACUAAAUUUGAUAUGACAUUUUCCUUAUUAUAAAGGUGCAUUUGGACUUGUUUGUUCUUUUGUCCCCCCAAAAUCUACCCACCGUGCACAUCUCCAUAUUUCUCGGGAACUUGUCGCUGUACGUCAUGGUGCUCAAGUUAAUCUCAGUGUUUUGUUUUUCGUUAUAUAAAAAGUAAGAUGGAGCUGGUUGUUAUUUCUGUAUUCAUUAACUGUUAAUACUCCCAGUCUGAUGUAGCUCCCACUGUCACUGACAGAUUUUAUCUACCCAAGAUUUUAUCUUUCCAGCAAGAACCUCUGAGCAAAUGUACUAAGUAGCAGAAAGGAUGUUGUUCAGCAUUGUGUUCUCACAAAUUUAUAAUAAAAGAGUUAGUUUAUGUUGUACUGGAUGUGAAGCCAGGAGGGUUAUAAAACAGUGGAACUUAUUGAAUUGUUAUUGACUAUCAGGAUAAUCAUCCAUCGGUUUUGGGCUCUUCAGCAACAGUAAUUUCAGAUGUAUCGCCACAU